CGAUCCUCCCCCCGCGGGCCCGGCCCCUCCUCCCCUCCCGUCAUGGCGUCGGCGGCGGACAUCACGGCGCUCUUCAAGGCCUCCGUCAAGACGGUGAAGACGCGCAACAAGGCGCUGGGCGUCCCGCCCGGAGGAGCCGAGCCCGCCGCCCUCUGGCCCAGGCGCGCCCCCCGGGGAAGGGGAGGCUUCUCCGCCCGCGCCCGCGAAGUGGUUAAUAACAUUGGGAAACUCAAGGACUUUCUUCUGCAGCACCGGAAAGAUUACAUAAAUGCUUAUAGCCAUCUCAUGUCUGAGUAUGUGCGAAUGUCUGACACUGACCGAGAUCAGAUUGACCAAGAUGCCCAAAUCUUCAUGAGAACCUGUGCUGAUGCAAUUCAGCAGCUCAGAGCAGAAGCACACAAGGACAUCCGUUCCCCACAAGUGAAACAGCACCGAGAAACUGUAUUGGAUUUCAUUGCAGAUUAUUUAAAAAGAGUGUGCAAGCUGUACUCGGAACAAAGAGCAAUACGGGUCAAGCGCGUAGUGGAUAAAAAGAGAUUAUCCAGGCUUGAGCCUGAGCAAAGCAGUAAGUCAGCACUCACUGCUUCUUGUGGAAAAGCGCCCGAGACGGAGACGGAGGCUUCUCCACCUCCUGAAGAAUUGGAAGAAAAACUCACCAGGGAAGGCAGCCGAGAGAGGAACCUAGUUGAUGAGCAUGCUGAUUUUGGCCUUGGUCAAGACAGCAGAGGAGAAGACGAGCUUUCCCCUGAAGAAAUCCAAAUGUUUGAGCAGGAAAACCAACGCCUUGUGGGUGAAAUGAACAGCCUGUUUGAUGAAGUGAGGCAGAUAGAAGGGAAAGUAGUUGAAAUAUCUAGACUUCAAGAAAUAUUUACAGAAAAAGUAUUACAACAGGAAGCUGAAAUUGACAAUAUCCACCAAAUAGUUGUGGGUGCAACGGAGAACAUCAAGGAAGGCAACGAAGACAUAAGAGAGGCAAUCAAGAAUAAUGCUGGAUUUCGAGUGUGGAUCCUCUUCUUCCUGGUCAUGUGCUCCUUCUCUCUGUUGUUUCUGGACUGGUAUGGAAGCUGAUUCUGGCCAAUAAAGCCUGCGGAACCACCUCGCCAGAGCUUAGCAGUGGAGAAGCCGGUCAGAUUUACGCCUGUCGUCUCAGCGGACUGCUGCCCUUGGCUGCUUAUGCUGCAGGGGCUCAAGCGGCCUUGCCAAACUCCCUGGGAAAGAAUCGAUAGUGACUGUGGAGGAGCAUUUGAACAUCAUAAUUUUCAUAAUGUAGAAUUCUGUCAAACCUAGUGAGUGUGUACCUGGCCUUGUGAGUGCUUAACUUAUAUCCAGAAAGUAGCCUUGUCUUCCCUCCCUCCCCAACAUGCCUUUUCAACCUCGGAAUCGGCUGGAUGUUGCCGUCAUUGGAGGCACUUUAUUCCUCAGCUGGCUGACGUCAAAAUCCCACCGAGCUCAAGGGAACCGAUGUCUCUUCCCAGCAGCCUGACAGGGAAGGAAUAGGAAAGGCCAAGAAUGCUGCCAGCAAAGGGCAUUUUAUAAUGUUAAGGUUUCCAAAAAAGGCCGUUCUCACGAAGUACAUCCCUUCUAGUUACACAGAUUGUAUGGUGGACUAAAGAGUUUCCGUCUUGUUUAUCUCCUUAAGUCACUACUACCCCUCAGAAUAUUUUGUCCUUUAUAUUCUUGCCCUUUAAUUAAAACUCCUAAUCUGUCAUUAAAACUGUAUAGCUCUUGAAUG